AUGAGGUACCCGUACUCCGGCAGCAUCGCUCCAGGAGACCUCGCAUAUCUUUACACGUCGCGUCUAGAAGGAAUCAGCGCCAAGAUAUCAUCGGUAGAUGAGAAAAUAAACGCCUGCAAUGCGGAGCUGGCGGGCAUAAAGGCUGGACUUGCCAGUUGCAAGAACCCUGCAGCUGUGGCCGCAGCCAAGCGCAAGGCUCUACAAGUUCUCCAACGUCGCCGUGUUUACGAGACCCAAAAGGAGCAGCUCUGCGGUGUUCAAUUGUCUGUCGACCAAUCGGAACAUGUUGCCAGCCAGCUGCAGACGGCGGUGGACGUGCGGAAUGCACUAGAGUCGUCUGUGAAAUCCACUCGCAAGCAACUGAAGCUUGUAAAUGUGGCUAAGUUGGAGCGCCUUCAAGAUGAAAUGGAGGACCUAGCGGAUUACGCUGACGACAUAAACGAGAUAUUGAGCCGAUCAUAUGCUGUCCCAGAUGAUGUGGAUGAGAACGACCUGGAGCUUGAAUUUUCCAUGCUCGAAGAACCCGAGGAGCCACUGCUUUCGGGUGCCACCUCUCCAGUCAAAGUGCUCCAAAAUGUCAAAGGAGUGGCAUUCCCCUCUCCGCCGACGUCAGAGAAAACCAAGUUACCUGAUAAGGAAUUCGAAAUCGAGAACUAG